AGGGUUACAGUACCGCCUGGCACCGCCCACCUGCCUGUCUGCCGCGCCCCCCCUCUCGGCCACCACACCCUCGGACACAUGGCGAACCAGGCGCAGGUGUCCAAGAAGCGGAAGUUCGUCGCCGACGGGGUGUUCUACGCGGAGCUCAACGAGUUCCUGAUGCGCACGCUGGCCGAGGACGGCUACGCCGGCGUCGAGGUGCGCGUCACGCCCAUCCGCACCGAGAUCAUCAUCCGCGCCACGCGCACCCGCGAGGUGCUGGGCGAGAAGGGCCGCCGCAUCCGCGAGCUGACCGCCGUGGUGCAGAAGCGCUACGGCUUCCCCGAGAACAGCGUCGAGCUCUUCGCGGAGCGCGUCGAGAACCGCGCCGCGUGCGCGAUGGCCCAGGCGGAGUCGCUGCGCUACAAGCUCCUGGGCGGGCUGGCGGUCCGCCGCGCCUGCUACGGCGUGGUCCGCUUCAUCAUGGAGAACGGCGCCAAGGGCUGCGAGGUGAUCAUCAGCGGCAAGCUGCGCGCGCAGCGCGCGAAGGCCAUGAAGUUCAAGGAUGGCUACCUCAUCUCCACCGGCGAGCCGAAGAAGCACUACAUCGACGAGGCCGUGCGCCACGUGUCCAUGCGCCAGGGCAUGCUCGGCGUGAAGGUGAAGAUCAUGCUCGCGUACGACCCGGAGGGGAAGAUGGGCACCAAGAUGCCGCUGCCCGACAACAUCGUCAUCCACGAGCCGAAGGAGGAGGCCGUGGUCAUGCCCGACCAGGGGUACGGCGGAGGCGAGGGCGAGGGCUACUGAGAGCAGGCGACGGGAUCUGGCUGAGCGGGGCCCCCCCCAGCGCCCGGCGGCAGCGCCCGCGCCCCACGCCCGGCAAGAGCUCCUUCUUCCCUUCCCGCCUCCUCCUAUGUUGCCGUUCUCCUUCUCCGCCUCCUCCUGCUCCCCCUCCUCCUCAUCAUCGCCCUCCUCCUCGUAGAACUGGACCUCCAGCUCUCGCCCUGGCGGAUGCUGGAGGCGCAUCGGCCUGCGCCAUUUCUCCCCCUCCUCGUCCUCCUUGCGUAGCCGUUUCGCGUUUUUCGGCUCGAGUGCUCCCAGUGCCAAAUGGAGGUGCGGGUCUAGGAGUCAACUUCCGACUACUGGAGUUUCUGCAGCCGCCGAUCUCCAGAUCUCUCGGUCGGCUCCCCCCUCCUCCUCCUUCCUGCUCCCUCCUCCUCCUCCUCCUCCUCCUCCUCCUUUCUCCUCCCUCCUCCUCCCUCCCUCCUCCUCCCUCCUACGCCUUUCUUUUC